AGGAAUUAAUUCCAGGAAGUUCUAUGGCUCACGUGAUAUAGGAGGUCGGACUAGAUGAUCACAAUGAUCCCUUCUGACUUUAUAAAGUAUUAGCCUGUUAUUUACAUUCCCACCCUUUUUAAUGGAGUAAUAGAAAACUGUCCCCUCCAUAGUCUCAAGUUCAAGAGUGAAAUUGUUCACUAGUGAAAUAAGUUUGUUGGCCAGAAAUCAGUUCUCCUCAGACAAGUCUUGUGACUGGAGCCAAAGCACUGGGAGUCAGAACUCCUGGGUUCUAUUCUUGGCUCUGACAUGGACUUGUAUAAACCUGGGCAAGUCAUGUAACUUUUCUGCUCACUUUCCCACUCUGUGAACUAUAUUAACACAUACCGUGAUGUUGUCUACGGGUGUGUGUAGUGUUGCAGUGAUUGAAGAGAUGUAUUUGCUGUUGUGAUAUUCAGUGUUUGAAUUCUGUCCUUCCUAAAUCCUGUGUCAAAAGUUCCUAUUUUCCCCAUCCUUCCUCAGCUUCUUUGAGGCAUUGUGUAUUUUGCACAAUGUUCUGACCCAACAGGUGGUAGCAAUUCCUUUCCCAGCAUACCUGUGCGCGCGCUCUCUCCUGUUGUGUAUGUUGUUAAAUCCAGAUUCACAGAAAGAAAUCUUGCAAUGCAAUUCCGUGGGCCUGUUCCAUUUCUUGGCACAACAAAAUAUAGGGGUGGGAGGCUAUUUCAUAUGUAGCCCUGGGGAAAAAAAACCCAGAAGGACCUGAUCUAGUUCAAAUUCUGGGCCUGAUUUUAUGGACUUUUACACCAGUGUACAUCAGAAGUAAUGUUACUAAAGCCAGUGGAGUUAAACCAGUGUAAAGUUGGUGUGAAAGAGAGAGGAGAACUGAGCCCUGUUUGCAUUUCUCUGCCUGUGCCUGAUUUCUGUCACUUACUAGAAACUGUGGCACAGUCAAAGCUACUAAGCAGGAAAGGAAAGCAGCAUUAGCUUUACAUCAUUAUAGAACCAGCUCUGUUUCUCCCCAGGGAUUAACACAAGCAUCUGAGAAAUUGGCUUGUGAUUUACUUCAGAACCAUUGAGCAGGUGGGUGGCACUAGGGCUUCUAACAGGAUUUCUGUUAGAGGCAGAUUCUAGCUACAUGCUAACUUGGAAUGUUUCCCUGGGGGAUGGCCAUGUUGCCCCUAUGCUGUCUCCUGCCUGCAAGUCCUUCCAGCUGAGAACUACUUUAGACUAUUGGGCCUCUGGCAGUGUUGGGUAAUGAGAGAUCAGAACCUGAGCCCUGGUUUCAAUAUCUUGCAUGGCAAUGCAGAAUAUACUGACCACUCAAGAUAUUGGGCCUCGAGAGUGUUGUAGGCCCAGCUAAGCAGUAUGGUGAUGUGGUUGGGGAAUGCUCUGAAUGUCAUCCUGCACCAACACUGCUGAAAAUAAAGGAGGUUGCACUAAAUCCAGAGGCUUUGACUCUGCUGGGGGAGGAGGAGAAAGAACUCAAGAGACCACAGGGCGCUGGCUGAAGUGCUCUGCAACUGGUGAAUGUGAAGUAUACCAUUGUUGGGAACUUACUGCUGAACUGAGCGGGCUACGCGUACCACAUAAUCAGCUGCACUGGCAAUUCUUGCACCAAAGGUUCCCUUAAUAAGAUGUCAACUGAUAGAAAUUCCCUUCCCAUAGUAGGACCCCACUAUCCCACAGACUGGGCAAGAUAUAGCCCACAAAGAAAAGACCACCAUCAGGAUCUACCACCCUAAUCUCGGAUAUGCAGCUCAGCAGUUUUGCUUCAGGUCUGGCUGGGAUGAGGCGAUGCAGACCAUGUUGGAGAGAGGAAUGGAACAAAAUUCCCCAUCUGCAUUGGAGGAAGGAAGCUGAAAAUGAACGAUCGGUAUGAAGUCCUUCACCUGUGCAUUAAUUUUGUUUUUAGGAAUCUCUUCUCUAAGUUUUGCCAACUUGCCUCACUGCUGCUUUGCAGCACCCCAGCUGUUCCAGUCGUGGGAUCGCCUACAGUGUAAGUGCCACACCAUGUAACUGCCCUGGCAUGGCAGCUGGGUUCCCUAUUUAUCAUAUUUUUGGAGUGGGAACUAGGGGUUGUCCCAGCACCUUGCUCUCCAUCAUGAUGCACCCAAGUUAGUCCUCCAUCAAGAAAGAGCAUGUAGACGAGAUCAGUAUUUCUUUAAAGACACAGCAUCAGCUAACAACGAUAAAUAAUUAUUGAGUUGGGGUCUCUGACUAUCUGCAAGGGGUCUUGUCCAGUGCUACAUCUCCUGGGAGCAAUGGGGAUUGAACUGUGCUGCUGAAAAGAGCCCAGCUCUUUAGAACUGGGAUGCCUUUGUGCUAUCCCCUCGGCUCGUGUUGUGCAGCUGACACUGUGGGUCUUUCUUGUUAACAUUGUGGUUAAGCUGGUUCUUGUUUCAUUCUGAUCUGAGCCUUGCCACAGCUUGGGCAUGUGAAGCUGGGUGCGGAAAAACUGACUUUCCUAGGAAGUGGGCUGCUGGUAGACGUUUCCCUGACAACUUUGCUCAUCUUGGGGCUGAUCUCUGAGCCUUGUGACAUACUCGUGAGGCAAACCACUGGCUACAGAAAGAGUGGAGAUAAAAUUUUACCCACCUCCCAUCAGACCUGAACCUGCUGUGGUUGACAGCCUCAAAACUCUACCCCACCUCUGCCUGGGUGACCAGGGGUUAAGCAUACAACCUGCAGUGUACCCAGUGAGCCAGACAUUGCCAGUAUAAUUGCCCUCAUUGGCUCUCUAAUAUGGGUUUCUUUCUUACUGCAAAAUCCAUCUAGUCACUUCCUGCUCAGGCGCUUUGCCCCUCUUCCGUUAUUCGCUGAGUGGCUAGCCAGUGCAGAAUCAAUAUUUACUCCCUACAAGCAGCCUGGAUUCCUCAUAGGCACCAGCCAGGAUCUCGCCUAGGGAUGCUCUUUCUCACUAUCAGCAUGUAGUAGUGAGUGCUAAAAGGAGCACAGUUUCUUUUGCAGGAGAACCUGAAAUGCCUUCUGAGUAAAUAUGACUGUACAUCUUUAAAGCACCAAGAAGGGAUGGAAACUGCAGCUGAGAGAGAAUUCAGGAACAAGAAGCCACAAAAACGCAACCUAGGUGUGGUAUGAGUAAUAAACACUUAGUUCUCUGAAGGCUUUGUGGCUGCCACAAUCUCUACUCUUACUGGGAGCACCUUUGAUGAUCUGAAGCAUCAUCCUACCAGACAUGGAUAUCUCAAACUCUACAUUCAGGAAGCCAGGCCUGUCACAGAACAGGCUGAUGGGUGUGUUAGAAACAGAUGACAGCAUCCAGGAAAGUACAGCUGCAGCUGAUAAACAGGGAGAAAGUAAAGGGACCAAAAGAGGGAUGGAAGAACCACCACCCCUGGAGACUCCUUACAAGAAAGAGAGCAGUGACUUUGAUCCAAAAAUCAAGAUUAACUUGAAUUAUCGACCAGGACUUUCAAGCAACCAAAAGGACCCAAAUCGCUUUGAAAGAGAUCGGCUCUUUGGUGCUGUCUUGAGGGGUAACCCGGAGGAGCUGGAUGGUUUGCUUGAUUACUUGAGCAGGACCUCCAAAUUUCUCUCCAAUUCAGAAUAUACAGAUGCCAAGACUGGUAAGACCUGCUUAAUGAAAGCCCUGCUGAAUUUAAAAGAUGGGACAAAUGCCACUAUCCCACUGUUGCUAGAAAUAGACCAGAAGACUGAGACUCCAAGGCCACUUGUCAAUGCUGCAUGCACCAAUAGUUACUAUGCAGGCCAGACUGCACUCCACAUUGCCAUAGAGAAGAGGCGCCUAGAUUUAGUGAAACUGCUGGUAGAGAAUGGAGCCGAUGUCCAUGCCAGAGCCCAUGGCGAAUUCUUCAGGAAGAAGAAAGAAGGAGUGUGUUUUUAUUUUGGUGAACUUCCCCUCUCCUUGGCUGCUUGCACCAAUCAGCUUGAUGUGAUAAAAUACCUCCUUGAUAACCCCUACCAGAAAGCCAGGCUCCAGGAACAGGAUUCCCUGGGCAACACGGUUCUCCAUGCCCUGGUGAUGAUCGCAGAUGAUACCGAGCAGAACACUGAGUUAGUGAGCAAGAUGUAUGAUGAGAUCUUAAAGGCAGGCACGAAGAUUAACCCAUCAGAGAAGCUCGAGGAGAUAGUGAACCGGUCUGGGUUAACACCACUAAAACUGGCUGCCAAGAAGGGCAAAGUAGAGAUCUUCAGACACAUUCUCCAAAGAGAGAUCAAGGAUCCAGAGUACCGGCACCUGUCUCGCAAGUUCACUGAAUGGACAUAUGGACCUGUCCAUGUAUCUCUCUAUGACUUGUCCUCUGUAGAUAGUUAUGAGAAAAACUCUGUGCUGGAGAUCCUUGCUGAGAGCAGUGACACACCAAAUCGAUACAAGAUGGUGGUUUUGGAGCCGCUGAACAAACUGCUCCAGCACAAAUGGGACUCAUUUGCUGCCAGGAGAUUUUACUUAAGUUUUUUCUCUUAUUUUAUAUUCAUGGCCAUCUUCACGGUCCUUGCCUACCAUCGUCCCCUGCAGUUACAGUCUCCAUUUCCAACAGUGUUCACAGUUAUCGGCUUCCUGCAGCUCACUGGACAGAUCGUUGUUUUCCUGGGAGGCUUUUAUCUCAUAAUUGCUCAGGGUCUAUACUUUUCGAGGAGAUGGCGGAACCUGAAGAACGUUUUUUCCGAUGGCUGCAUUGAGGUCUUUCUCUUGCUCCAGGCAAUCUCGCUGCUGCUUUCAGCUGUCUUGUAUAUUGUGGGUUCAGAAGACUAUGUACCGAUGAUGGUAUUCUCCUUACUGCUGGGAUGGGUGAACAUGCUGUACUACACUCGGGGCUUCCAGUGGACUGGGAUCUAUUGUGUCAUGAUACAGAAGACCAUCCUGAGGGACCUGCUGCGUUUCCUCAUGGUUUAUGUGAUCUUCCUCUUUGGCUUUGCAGCAGCUCUGGUCACCCUCACAGGGGAUGCCCCUCCAACUUCCCAGAACAAGUCUGUUACCCAAGACGAUGGCGAUAAAGGCCAUGUUGUGUACAGUGGGUUGCUGAGCACCUCCUUGGAGCUCUUCAAGUUCACCAUCGGCAUGGGGGACCUGGUGUUCCAGGAGCACGUGAAAUUCAAAUACUUUGUCAUGCUGCUGCUGCUGCUGUUUGUGAUCCUGACCUACAUCCUCCUGCUCAACAUGCUGAUCGCCCUCAUGAGCGAGACUGUCACCAGUGUCUCUGGUUACAGCAACAAUGUUUGGAAGCUGCAGAGAGCCAUUGCCAUUCUGGAAAUAGAGAAGUCCUGGCUGUGGUGCCCAAGAAGAAGGCAGAGAUCUGGCUGCUUCUUGUCUGUGAACCUUGAUGAUAAGAAAGAUGAGAGAUGGUGUUUCAGAGUGGAGGAGAUUAAUUGGGCCAACUGGGAAAAGGAGCUGGGAGUCAUCAAGGAGGAUCCUGGGAACUCCAGAGACUUGGAAAUAGAACCCCUAGUGAAGAGAGUGCGGGACAGGAUGUCACGGGCGCAAACAAACUCAGCAGAACUGGAGGAGCAGUUGCCAUUAUAUCCCAUCAACCAGUAACUGAGAGGAGGCCACUAGAAGAGGACAAGCCAAGAGGCUGUAGCAUGUUCUUGGCAUUAGCAUCCCGUUGUUGCUCCCAUCUGCAACGGAAUUCUUCAUUCUAUGGUGCCACUAAUGUUGAGAUGGAAAAGUAAUCAGUAUUAACAUGUUUCAUCAAAGACUGUGUUUCAGUCUGUGGCUUUUGUGCAUACAAAGUAUUUCCUUUGAAGAAAUCAUUUCUGUUCAACUUCUGCCUGAUACUUUCCUCCUACAAUGCUUAAAAAGAGGAUGUGUGUGUGAGAGAGAUUGGGGGUGUGUAUCCUAGAUGGGAUGGUUUUGUAAUCGAAGCCUCAGGUUUAAAAUUUCUCUCUGGAAGCCCAGGUUAAAAUUUCAUUUGGGUCAAUUUAGCCCUUCAUGCUUGUGAGACAGAAAAAUUUAGUUCCAUGCAGCUCAAUACAUAUAGAACUUUUGGAUGGUACUUUUCCAACCACAGGACCUGUCUGCUGUGUACUGACAGUAUAAGAUACCAUGUACUUUUUGUGAGAAUAGAACUUUGUCCUAGUGUUUGUGGCCAAAAAUAUUUUCCCGUCUGCACUGUUAUCCUCAAUCCCACAUGUGACUGCAUUUCAGACAAUCUAUCUGGGAAGUGCUUUGGAAUUAAAGGUGCAUAAAGCAUUGUUCAAAGUUUCUGACAGCAUGAGGUUGGCUUGUAUGCAAGACAGUGUGUGUCGCUUUAGGAGGUGUGUUAAGAUGUAUUCAAGCUGAAACAUUAAGCUCAGUGCUACAGCUUCUAUCACAGCAAAGGUAGCAAAUCUAGGCAUUUUGACAGCCUCAGAACCAUUGACCUGUAUCUGAACGGAAGGUGGCAAAAUCACUUGUAAGUUGUAUGCUUUGCUAACAGCUGCACUACAAGCUGUGUCUUAUUGAAACUGUGACUUAGAAAUGCAAAUAUAUAUGGCAUCCCUUCUCCCCACAGGUGUGCUCUUCUUCAAAUGAGAGCCGCUGAGCACUACAUAUCAGAGCUUCUUGAAGAUGCAGGGGCUAAUGCAACCUCUGUCAUUUUCACCCUUCUUAAACAACUUCCUGUUCGCUUCUGUGGGCUUCUGUCAUACUCCGAAUGGUUGCGAAGUUUACAUUGAUUUUCACGUGCUAACCCACCUCAGGCAGGGAGAGACGCAUGCUGUGAAAUUCUGCUGGAAAGCAGGAAGAAAAAUGAUGUCUCGGUUUAGUCCUCUCUAUU